UUAAAAACGCUCAUCCCUGUCGUCUUAAUGGAAUACCCUAAUUUUAAGUACAACAUGGCAGAAAGUGGAUUUUGGAUUGUUUUGGUCGAAGCUGUUUUUAGAAUAUCGUCGGUAUCGCAUUACUCAAGCCACUUCUGACGAUAGAUUCGAAGAACUAGGAAGGUAUGGAUGGAGGCGACUGGUUUCCAGAUGGACAUGAUGUUGGCUGGUACCCAGAAGAUGGAGAUGUUGGCAACAUCCCAGAGUACUAUGAUGGGUAUGAAGGAGAAGACUUCCUCCCUGAAGACUACUACAUGCCAGAGGAUGCGGAUUGGUACCCAGAGGAUAUGGAUCCUUACGAAAUGCAGCAGUACAUGAAAGAGAUUUAUGGAGAAGACUACCUGGAAGCAGCCGACAGUGGUGGAGGCUUGUCACACAUGGACCUACAGGAACUGGGGAGCCUGUGUAUCAUUCCCACCCUACAACAGGGCCUCACCAUGAUUUGCCCACUUUUGCUGCUUUGCCUGACAUUCAGACUAUUAGAAGGUGCUUCUGCUUGGACAAGACAUCUCAUGUCGACAGGCCUGGGCCUGGCAACACUGUACCUGGUUUUCGAAGCUAACUGGUACUUCAUCGUCACCUUCGCCAUCACUGGUCACCUGUUGUUGCACCUGAUGGAGGGUUCUAGGUGGAGGGGUGUGGCUGCUUCUAUCAUGGCGCUUGUUUUCUUACUGACAUGUGAGCUGUUCAUUGUUGAGGCAACAGACUGGCACAAAAUCAGAGGUGCCCAAAUGAUUCUGGCCAUGAAGAUUAUUUCCUUAGGGUUUGACCUUGACAGUGGGGUCGUACAAGCCACACCCAGUUUCCUGGAGUAUUCUGGGUACUGUUGUUUCCUAGGGACGUCUGCUUUUGGACCAUGGAUCAGUUAUAAUGACUACUUACAAGUACUAAAGUCAAGAAAUCUAUCCCUUCAGUGGUUUGUGCGAGGAUUUAUGACCACUCUACAAUGUCUGGCCUGCCUUACUGUAUCCACCUGCUUGGCCAACUGGGUAAUACGGCAUGACAUUAACAAAUGGGUUACAGCAUACCGUGAUGCGCUGUCUUUCCGCUUCAGCCACUACUUCAUCAGCUACCUGUCAGAGAUGACCUGUGUGGCAUCAGGGGUGGGGGUCACAGAGAAGGGAACCACCAGGGAGGGGGAGGGGACUGACCAGGAAGAGGAAGAAGAUGUAAAAUGGGACCUGAGAGUGGCCCGUCCGUACCACAUUGAGCUGCCUCGCUCCUUGGUGGAGGUGGUAACCAACUGGAACAGACCCAUGCACCACUGGCUCAAAACUUAUGUCUUCAAAACUGCAAAACCACUAGGUGCCUUUCCUGCCAUCAUCCUGACAUAUGCAGCAAGUGCAAUAUUACAUGGCCUUAAUUUCCAAUUGGCAGCAGUCUUACUGUCACUUGGAUUCUACAGUUAUAUAGAGCAUGUAUUACGACAGAGACUAGCUGACAUCUUCAGUGCCUGUAUCCUUGCCAAGCGGUGUAAGCCAGACUGUGGCCACAGGAACCGACCAAACUGGACAGGCUGUGUCGGGCUACAGCUCAGGAGAGACUUCUGGAAGCAAGACUGGGGCAAUCUCAUCAGCAUAGAAGAUGCAAAGACCUGUAUCUGUGUAGGCCUCACCAACCUGUGUUUCUGCCUGCUGGCCAUGUUUCACCUGGCUUACCUGGGUGUCAUGUUUGACAGCAGCUCAGAUGUGGAGGAGGAGGGUUACACCAUGAGCCACACCCUGCAGAAGUGGGCCCAGCUGGACUAUGCCAGCCACUGGGUAGCUGUGGGGUCAUUUGUCUUCUACAAACUUAUAUAAACACUGAAACAUCAAUCAACUGUUGUGCCUUAACAUGCAAGUCAGCCAUGGUUGUUAUUUAUAUACCCAGAGGGGAGAUUAUAUUUUGUACCGAAAACGUUUUUAGAUAUGAUCAUUGGAGUUCAUUGUAGCUAGAGAAUAUUGAUAGACAGGAGCUUGGAGAAUGGAUGGAUUGACAGACAGACUAAUUUUUUUUAUAUUCUUAUAGUUAUCUGUGUAAGACUAUAUAUAUUUCAUUUUGUAGUGUUAGUUGGAUGUAUUCAUGCAACACAAAUCAUUGCAGCAAUGUUGUCAAGAUUGUGCAUUGUAAAGGAGUACAGAUUGAGCUUUCAUCAAUCAUGUCACAAAAUGUGAAAAGGAAGUGACCGUAGUACUCAAUCUUCCAAACUUCUUUUACUUCCAGAUGAUAUUUCUCUAAAUGUGAACUUAUCUGUAUGUUUAGCUGCUUUUAAGGUUUAUUCUUGAUAGUUUCACUUUCUUUUCUAUGUUGUUAGAGGCAAAAAUAAAAUUUUUGACACUCUUCAUUA